CUUGCUGUCAAAUUUGCAAAUCAUGGACAUCCUACUAUCGUGGUUUCAACUGACCCUGCUCAUUCCUUAAGCGACUCUUUUGGCCAGUUCCAUUAGGAUUUGACUGGUGGCAGGCUUGUUCCUGUUGAAGGAGUGGAUUCACGAUUAUAUGCACUCGAGAUAAACCCUGAGAAAUCUAUGGAAGAGUUCCAUGCAGCCAAUCAAAAUGUUGAUAGUGGAGGUCUGAAGAAUGUGAUGGAAAGUAUGGGACUUGGAAUGAUUGCUAACCAGCUAGGGGACCUGAAACUGGAAGAGCUGCUGCAUACUCUUCCACCCGGCACAGAUGAAAUCGUAGCAAUUUCCAAGGUGAUGCAUUUCCUUGAGUCAUCAGAAUAUGAUAGGUUCACUCGGAUUGUAUUUGAUACAGCACCUACGGGUCAUACACUUCGGCUACUGUCAUUACCUGACUUCCUGGAUGGAUCUAUUGGCAAAGUGAUGAAGUUGAAGAAAAAAUUGUCUUCGGCGUUCAAAUCUUUGUUUGGGAAAGAAGAAGCUGGAACUGAUGCUCCAGACAAGCUAGAGAAACUCAAGCAACAGAUGGCGAAAGUAAGGGAGCUUUUCCGGGAUUCAGACACCACUGAAUUCAUAAUAGUAACGAUUCCUACGGUUAUGGCAAUCCGUGAAUCCUCAAGGUUACACGCAUCUUUGAAGAAGGAAAGAGUUCCAGUUCAAAGGCUUAUCAUUAAUCAAGUCUUGCCUUCUUCAUCGGACUGCAAGUUUUGUUCAAUGAAAAGGAAGGAUCAAAUGCGUGCCAUUGAACGUAUCCAUGAUGAUUCAGAGCUCGCUGGUUUGAGAUUAUACGAGGUACCGUUAGUGGAUAUGGAGAUAAGGGGUGUCCCGGCUCUAAAAUUCAUGGGUGAUAUGCUCUGGAGAUAAGACGAGCAUUUCAGAUAUACGGAAUGCUAUCUAAAACAUAUAUAGGCCUGUCUUUCCUCCUUUCCCUGUGUGCUUGGUUUUGGAAUAUCUUCGGCCUAUCCGUUAUUUCCAGUGUCUUUGGCCUUCUAAUGCCAAUUUACGGUCAUUGUCAUUUAGAGACAAUACAUUUCAGGAGCAUGGCUAACAUCUUUCAGAGACUGGCUGAACAUCUAUGGACG